AUGGCAGGGAGCAGAGCCCUACUCCUCCUGGCUCAAGUCCUCGGCCUUGCUGCCACAGAGAUGGCUCUGCUAACCAUGGACCCCCCCUGGAGCACGAUAUUCCGAGGAGAGAGUGUCACCCUGCGGUGCCGGGGCUCCCACCCCCAUGGGCAGCAGCCCACAACCUGGUACCACAACGACAAGAUCCUGGCGCGCACGGACACUGACACGUACAGGAUCACGAACGCCAGGCAGAAACAGACGGGCAGAUACAAGUGCCAGAGCCCCGGCUCUGUGUCCAGCAACCCCAUUACCUUGAUCGUCUCCUACGAUUGGCUGAUCCUCCAGGUCCCGUCUCAUGUGGUGUUCGAGGGCGAGCCGCUGUGCAUGCAGUGCCGGGGAUGGGACGCAGGGAGCAUGACUUCGGUGCAGUAUUUCAGAGAUGGAGCAGACAUCACCACCCGCUACGCCUCGGACAAGCAGCUCUGCAUCCCCCAGGCCAAGACCCACCAGAGCGGCAGGUAUCGCUGCACGGGACAGAUGAACUCCUUCUUGUCAGUAAUAAAAAGGGAAUCUCAAGAGUUACAUGUUUUUAUCAAAGAGCUCUUCUCCUCCCCAGUGCUGAGCGUGGCCAGCACAACGGAGACCCUUGAGGGAAGCCCCCUCAACCUGAGCUGUGUCACGCACCUCAGCCCCCACAGCCCCCACACCAUCCUCUGGUACCUCUUCUACCGAAACAGCACGGUCCUUCAAGGCCCCGAGACCUCCUCCAAGUACCAGGUGCCGACGGUGGGGCUGGCGGACACAGGGUCCUACUUCUGUGAGGUGCAGGCAGACAACUCCAGCAUACGGAAGCAGAGUGCCCAGGUCCCCAUUGCUGUCAGAAGAGUCCCCAUCUCAGGGGUGUCCCUGGACGUGCAACCCCACGAGGGGCAGGUGAUGGAGGGGCAGCGCCUGGUGCUGAGCUGCUCAGUGGCUGCAGGCACAGGGUCUAUCUCCUUUUCCUGGCACCGAGAGGGCUCUGCAGAGGUUUUGGGAAAGGGCACCCGUUAUGAGAUCCUGUCAGCCCAGCAAAACGACGAUGGGCAGUAUUACUGUAUGGCCUCCAACGGGGACGUCCCAGCCCAGAGCCCGCGGCUGCAGGUCACGGUUGUGGGUGUCUCUUCACUCUUCUACUGCCAUAUCAGAGCACCACUGCUGCUAGCAGCCUUGGGGUCCCUGCUGUCCGGGCUGGUUGCUGUCCAUGUCCUCACUGCAGGGAGCAAAGACCCUAAAGGAGUGAAGCAGUGA